CUGAAAUGUGGGAUCUUCACACAUUGCAAGGGAUGAUACUUCAGUUGUGUGUAUAAAUAUUUUAAAAGUAGAACCUUUCGGCAGUGAUUUCAUGAAGUUAGAAUUGACUGAUAAUUUCAAACAAAAUGCCCUGAAUGAUUCUUUCAACUGGGAAAGAAAAGAGACCUCCUGGCUGUGAAAUUAAUUGAAUAUCAAAUAAAAUAUUAAUAACAUAAUAAUACUGAUAUAACAUCCAUUAAGUGACGUGUUAUAUUUACCUUCCAGUAGAAAAAGGUGAUAUAUUUUGCAAAUAAAAGACAAAUUUUUCAGCCAGCAAACCUUUAUCAUUGAAAAAACAUACGUCUACUUGUUUUAAAUCUUGUGCAAUCAACAAAUGUUUAAUAGCAGUCAGGGAAUUCGUAAUAUAUUUGUUCAGUUCAGGAUGCACUGAUACCUAGUGCGAAGAAGUGUCAAUUAGUAAAGUAUAACUUUUUAUAGUACUAACAGUUAAAAAUCUUAAAUCUUAGUACUUUGCUCAAGUUAUUAAUAUUUUUUUUUACAUUCCCCGAAUCUUUAACAGAUUUGUAUUACAUUAAAUAGAAUUAGAAACAUAAAAAAAGGCACAGUAGGAGUCAUGAGAAUAUCUUGUAUGGUUGAUAAUUACACAAACUAUAAAUGAUUUAUAAACCAUGAGCAAAUUAAAAUUGGGUACUACUUCACAAGUGACACUACCUCAUGGUGGUUGGACCAGAAUCGCUUUGGGGAUGGAAUACCGAAAGAUAGUAUAUAAUGGCAACUGAUCCCCAGAACUUCCUCAGAAAUAAAUUCUUGAAGGUAUUUGAUUAUAAUUCGAAAAAGAACCAUCCUACUGACAAGAACCCUGUGUUUGUUAAGGCCCUCAUCCCAACAACAGAAGGACCCGUUGAAGUUGUGUGAUUGGAGCAAACAGAAGUUGCUAGUUGUGAUAUUUUUUUUUCUAUCAGCUUUACAGACCUUAUAGAUCAUAUAGUGCCUGCACCAGCCUUUUCUACCUGUGCAGCAACUUUGUUGAUCCUAUUUAUCGAUUUAAUUUUUGGCUUCCCAUGUACUAUCUUGUUAACAACUACAGAAUUUGUUGUGUAGAGGCUUCCGGAUUGCUAUGAGCUCUAUGCUCUACCCAACUCUACCUUCAAAUUAGAAGGUACAGACUGACCAGUUUUUUAAGUAGUUCUUUACUGGUCCUUCUCCUCCAUACAUACGUAUUCUGAUCCCUUGAUCUAAUAAAAGCAGUGGUAAUGAUCAACAAUCUCAAUCUCUCAUUAAUUAUAACAUAAGGUAACUUAAGACUUAAGCAAACCUCAGUGUAUGGGUGACGAUAUACCUCUGAAAAUGAUAGUCAAUACUUUGCUACAUUCAGAAUUCCUUAUUGAAUGCAUUUGAUGUGAUCCUGAUCUUUGUCAUUUUGGAGUGACACUUGAGAAGCAAUACUGCCAAAGGCUUAUAAAAUAAUAAUAAUUUAUACAGCUUACAUGGACAGGUACACCAUACUUUUUUUUCAACCGAAAAAUUCCUUCUGGAUAUAAUUUUCUUGAAUGGAGCAAUACAUGAAUAGCAACUUCUAAAAACUCUACAACUAUACCUGGAAUAUCUAAAAGAAUGAGGAAUAAUAUAAAUUUUUAUGAAAUAAGUCAGAAAGAUAAAUUUGACAAAUUAAAAAAAUAAUGAACCUAAUGCUUGUUCCAUCUUAUUAUCUUAUCAAAUCCAAUGUUAAUACAAAAAUUCGUAACCUUCCAAAACCUGGAGCCAAAUUUUUAAAAUUUAAUUUAUUCAAAUUGGCAGCUUACAAUCGACCUGAUUCUAAUAUAUAUUCAUGGAAAUUUUACUGGUUAGUGAAAACUAAUAAUUUAAAUUGAUUAAAAAAUAUUACUUUCGAUUUAUCCAAAAGCCGGCUACCUUUCCAGUAAGUUCUGCUCCAUAGAGGUCAUAAUUGGAUCGCCAAACAACUUUAAUAAUUAAUCAUUUAUCAGAUUAUUUAAAAAAUAUAGAUCUAUCUUUAAUAUUAGCAUUAGGCACAACCGUUUUAAGGCAAGAAAAUAAUAACAAAAAAUCUUUGUGUGUUGUUUGGAUAAUUUUAAAGUAUUUAGUCGGCAGAAAGAGGGAUAACCCGGGUUAUGUCAUGUCUACAAUAACAUCGUUAUUGUCACAUGAAAGUUUGAUUAUAAGUUAACUGAGUAAAUGAGAAUGUAUUUAACGAUUUAUUUAAUCUACCAGUAAUAGAGAGAUACGUAAAUUAUAUUUACAUGAUAUGAUCAAUGCUUCCUUAUCGAAGGGAACUUGGGUUGUUCUUGAAUUAUUUUUAUCCAUCAAGAAUAAGCCGUAAUUUUCAUUAUUGUGAUAUCUGGCCAGUCAGUAUAAAAUAGUCGUUAAGAAAAAAUAUUCUUGUGUUGAUGAUAAUCAAAGUGAAAUGCCUCCAAUUAGGAAAGUUCAGUUGGAUAAAGCUGCUUGGCUAUGGUGUGAAACUGUGGAUCCUGACAAAAUAAGUGAAGACAAUGUUGAUACUGCAUACAGAGGGAAUGUACCCAAGUGUAAAUUAGGAACUUGUCGGCGAAAUUGUCGUGGAAAUCCGUAUUGCCUCUCAGGAUUGGGAGAAUCACGAUGGCUCAGUGAUAAUGUAGAUGAAAGUGAAGAUGAAGAUGUCGAUCUUCAGAUACGGCAACCCGAUACUUUUGUGGGUUUGAAAAAUUUAGGAGCCACCUGUUAUGUGAAUAGCUUAGUUCAAUUAUGGUUUCACAAUUUAGCAUUUAGGAAGGCCAUUUAUUCUUGGAAUCCAUUAGAAGAUCCAAUGGAAUCAGCUGAAUUGACGGACGAGAAUGUUUCUGUAAAGUCUCCUCGUACUGUAGUUGGUCAUCUUCAGUUAUUGUUUGCACUUAUGCAGUUCAGCAAACAGAGAUCGAUAGAUCCAUUAGCUUUCAUCAAAGCGCUGGAUUUAGAACCAUCAAUGCAACAAGAUGCUCAAGAAUUCUCUAAACUUUUUAUAUCGCUCUUAGAAGAAUCAUUAAAUCAGCAGUCUGAUCCAAAAGUUCAGAACUUAAUUAUUGACAAUUUUAGAGGAGAAUAUUCUUAUAUUACAAGGCAAAAAGGUCAUAAAAAGAAAAUCAAUUCUUCUCUUCAGUUUCCGGAUACGUUGGAUAUGAGUCAAUAUAUGACAGUUUCUGAAAAUGAAAAUACACCUAUGGUCUAUAACUUAACGGCUGUUCUAAUCCACAAAGGCCCCAGUGCUUAUUCUGGCCAUUAUGUUGCUCAUAUAUGUGACCAGUUGACUGGAGCUUGGUAUAAAUUUAAUGAUGAACAAGUAGAAAAAAUGGAAGGAAAUAAACUAAAGCUAGGUAGUGAAGAAGAAGAUGAAGAUGGUGCUAAGAAAGCUAAACAAGCGCGUGUUGCGAAAGGAUUUCUUGCUUCUAGUAACGCAUACAUGUUGGUAUAUACUGCUCAGUCAGUUCGAGAAGUUUUAACACCUUUGACGGAAAACGAUUUACAGCCACAUCUUGUAAAGCAAAUUCAACAAUCCAAUGAUGAAUUUGAAAAAUUAAUUUUAGAAACAAAAGAAGAAAAAAAAAAUAGAAAGGAGAUCGGACAAGUUCAGAAGGCAACAAUGGCAAAUCUUGUAAAGGUGAUGCCUGUUGAUGGACCCGGAACAAGAGAUUGGGAAGUGAUAUCCGUGAAAUGGCUCAGCAUGUGGUUGGCCAAUUCGAAAGAAGAUUUUGAACCAGUUGAUAACAGUCCUCUACUUUGUUCUCAUAAUAGAUUAAAUCCUGACCUCGUUUCGAAUGCGAAAUAUAUCACAACAGCUGCUGCCGAUUCAAUUUUUGGAAAGUAUGGAGGUGGUCCUAGAUUGCCAGCAAGUGAAGCUCUUUGUCGGGACUGUAUAACAGCCAAAUGUCGCAGGAUAAAGUUCAGAAUUAAACUUACUGAUGACGCCAAAGAGCUUAGCAAUUUGCUCAAGCACAAAGAAGAAUUAGAUGGAAGUGGUUUCUGGGUUGGCAAAAAAUCAUUAAAAGACUGGCGUAAGAAAGCUUUAACAGUUUUUGAAGAGACUGAAGGCGGAGUAAUGAGGGAAGUCGAAGACUGUCCUAGUCCAUCAUCCGAUUCAGAUGCUGUGCCCCGUCGGAAUAAAAGGUCUUGUUCCGAAUCUGAGUCUGUAUCUAUUAAUUCUAGUUGUGAUAAAGCAGGGAACGGAACUGAGCCCCAUGUCAAAAAGUUUAAAGUCACUGAUAGUUGUACUGUUCUUGACCAAAAGAUCGUUGCUAAACUGGAAGUCGAGUCCAUUUUUGAAUCUCUUGAAAAAUUAUUAUAUGGGACAAAAGAAACUUUAAGUAAACUGGAUGACUUGACACCCGAAUUGAUCUCGGAAUUCAAAAAAAAGUUUUAUUCUAGUUGGAAAGAUUUGGAUUUAAUGUUUAAUAGGAUCUGUGAUUAUAAUUCAGUAUGUUCUCCUAUUAGUGAAUCUACUUCUCUGGUUACAUCUACCAGUGGCGCUCUGGAUGUUCCUACUUGUGAAACUGGUAGGGUGAAUGGGGUUUGCCAUAGUGUUGAAGAAGAUUCGUCUGCCAGGAAACGUAAAUUUGAACAAGUGAAUGAUAAAGAUGGUGUCAAUAGUAGUGAUGAAAACAAAGCCAGUAAAUCAGAUGACGAAGAAGACGAUAAUGAAAACUUCAAUGAAGACAUUGUAUGCCAACACAAUAAUUUAAUACCAGAAGAGAGUUUGAAAAGACUUGUUUCCGAGUCUACUUGGGCUAAGCUUAAAAGUUAUUUUCCAGACUGCCGAGAGUUUUCAAAAGAUAUGGAACCUUGCCCACAGUGCCAGAGAUUGGCAUCUCAAGAUCAGGCAACUCUGGAUAUAAGAAGGGAUCAAGCUUUGAAACAGAAAGAAAUGCUGCCAUCUCUCUUGAACAAUCGUAACAGGUCUAAACUAGUAUCUGGCACUUACAAGAUUGUAAGUGUGCAAGAAUUUUUGAAGCCUUGGCGAAGAUUCGUAAGGUGA